UCCCUCUUCACACACUGAUACCAGAUCUGAACAUAAAAUGGGGGCCCAAUUCAGAACGCUUGAGCGUGAGGCCCGUUUCCAGAACCCACCGAAGGACAAGUCUGCCUUCCCGUUCCUCGCUGACGCUGUGGCGCCACAUGUCGGGUCGUUCAACGCCUUGACUGAGGGCCCGGACGGUGGGUUGCUCAACCUUGCGUGCCAGGACAUUGGCAGCAAGACAAUCUUUGACAGUAAUGACCCCGAACGGUUGGGAAAUAAGUUGAGCAUCCGUGUGGAGUCUGUGCAGUUAACCAAGCCGGCGGUGCCAAUGUCCGACAAGGUCUCGCUCAACAAACGCACGUACCCUUCUGAAUGCAGAGAGAGAAUGAGUACCUAUAGAUCACGUUUGGUGUUGAAAUUGGCGUGGUCUGUCAACGACGGUGCUGAGGUUUCUGAGAACAGAGAGGCCGGGCAGGUGCCGAUCAUGUUGAAGUCGAACAGAUGCCACUUGGAGAAGCUGUCUCCGGAGGAGCUCGUAGACUGCAAGGAGGAGUCAGACGAGAUGGGUGGGUACUUCAUCGUCAACGGUAUCGAAAAGCUAAUCAGAAUGUUGAUCGUCCAGAGACGUAACCACGUGAUGGCGCUCAUCCGUCCGUCCUUCGGCAACAGAGGUGCGACCUACACAAAGUUCGGUGUGCAGAUCAGAUCUGUCAGGCCGGAUCAAACGUCGCAGACGAACGUGUUGCACUACCUCAACGACGGUAACGUGACGUUCCGUUUCUCGUGGAGAAAGAGUGAGUACCUCGUGCCGGUGAUGAUGGUGCUCAAGGCAUUGGUCGAGACGAACGAUCGCGAGAUUUUCGACGGGGUUGUCGGUGCCGACUCCUCCAACUCGUUUCUUACUGACCGUCUCGAGUUGUUGUUGAGAACGUACAAGAAAUACGCAUUGCACUCGAAACAGGAGACAUUGGCCUAUCUCGGUGACAAGUUCCGCGUGGUCUUUAACGCCACGCCGGACGUUUCCGACAUUAAUGUCGGUAAGGAGGUCUUGAAGCGAAUCGUGCUCGUGCACCUCGACUCCAAUGCGGACAAGUUCCGCAUGCUUUUGUUCAUGGUCAGAAAGUUGUACACGUUAGUGGCCGGUGACUGCUGUCCUGACAAUCCUGAUGCUACCCAACAUCAGGAGGUUCUUCUCGGUGGUUUCCUCUACGGGAUGAUCAUCAAGGAGAAAAUGGAGGAGUACCUCCAGAACAUCCGUCUCCAGAUCCAAUCCGACAUUUCCCGUGGGGUUGCCAUCAACUUCAGCGACCGCAAAUACAUGUCGAGGGUCUUUAUGCGCAUUAACGAGAACAUCGGCCAGAAGUUGCAGUACUUCCUCUCCACCGGUAACUUGGUCUCGCAGUCCGGGUUGGAUUUGCAGCAGGUGUCCGGGUACACCGUUGUGGCGGAGAAAAUUAACUUCCACCGUUUCAUCUCACACUUCCGGAUGGUCCACAGAGGGUCUUUCUUUACGGAAAUGAAAACCACCACCGUCAGAAAGUUGUUACCCGAGUCCUGGGGGUUCCUCUGCCCGGUCCACACCCCUGAUGGUUCGCCGUGUGGUUUGUUGAACCAUUUGUCGCACAAGUGCAAGAUUGCGACCGAAGCGUCUGACGUCUCGAUGGUGCCAAAGGUGCUCUCUGCCUUGGGUGUUGCGCCAGCCCACACCUUUGCAGCCGGCCCCGACCAGUGUUGUGUACAGUUGGAUGGUAAGAUUAUCGGUUGGUGUACCCACGAGCAGGGUAAGAUUGUCGCCGACACCUUGAGAUUCUUCAAGGUGGACGGACAGCACGGCUUACCGCUUGAUUUGGAGGUGGGGUACGUGCCGCCGUCCUCCAAGGGUCAGUAUCCAGGGUUAUAUCUCUUCGGUGGGUGCGCCAGAAUGAUGAGACCGACCAAGUACCUUCCGCUCGGCAAGCAGGAUAUCCUCGGGCCGUUUGAACAGGUAUACAUGAAUGUGGCGGUCACUCCGGAGGAGAUCGGCUCCAAUAUCCACACCCACGUUGAGUACUCACCAACCAACAUCUUGUCGAUCUUGGCCAACCUUACACCAUUUUCUGACUUUAACCAGUCACCAAGAAACAUGUACCAGUGCCAGAUGGGUAAGCAGACCAUGGGGACCCCUGGUGUGGGGUUGGUUCACAGAUCGGACAACAAGUUGUACCGCUUGCAAACUGGCCAAACGCCAAUCGUCAAAGCCAACUUGUACGACAACUACGGAAUGGAUAACUUCCCCAACGGUAUGAAUGCCGUGGUUGCGGUCAUUUCCUACACCGGCUACGAUAUGGAUGAUGCAAUGAUCAUCAACAAGUCGGCGGAUGAGCGUGGGUUCGGGUACGGUACCGUCUACAAGGUCGAGAAGGUGGACUUGUCGCAGAGCAAGAGAAGAGGUGAUCCAAUCACGCAGCACUUCGGGUUCGGGCCGGAUGAGUGGCCGGAGGAGUGGAGUGAGAAGCUCGACUCCGACGGGUUGCCAUUGAUCGGUGUCCAGGUGCACGAGGGUGAUCCAAUCUGCGCCUACUAUGACGACACACUCGGGAAGACGAAGGUUAAGACCUACCACUCUUCCGAGCCGGGCUACAUCGAGUCGGUCAAGCUUCUCGGGGACGAUAAUGGCGACCAGGAGUUUCAGACCAUCAGCAUCAAGUACAGAAUCACCAGAAAGACGCAGAUCGGUGACAAAUUCUCAUCCCGUCACGGGCAGAAGGGUGUUUGCUCCAGAAAGUGGCCGACCGUGGACAUGCCGUUCUCUGAAACCGGGAUUCAGCCGGACGUCAUCAUCAACCCCCACGCUUUCCCAUCGCGUAUGACCAUCGGUAUGUUCGUAGAGUCGCUUGCUGGUAAGGCCGGGUCAUUGCACGGGAUCUCUCAGGACUCCACGCCGUGGAAGUUCAGCGAAGACGAUACCCCGGCAGACUUCUUUGGCGAGCAGUUGAGAAAGUCCGGGUACAAUUACCAUGGGAACGAGCCAAUGUAUUCCGGUGCCACUGGUGAGGAGUUGAGGGCCGAUAUUUACAUCGGUGUGGUCUACUAUCAAAGAUUGAGACACAUGGUCAAUGAUAAGUUCCAGGUCCGUUCGACCGGGCCCGUAAACUCGUUAACCAUGCAGCCAGUCAAGGGGAGAAAGAGAAACGGUGGUAUUCGUGUGGGUGAGAUGGAGAGAGACGCGUUAAUCGGACACGGUACCGCGUUCUUGUUGCAGGACCGUUUGUUGAACUGCUCCGAUUACACCCAGACCUCUGUCUGUCGCUCGUGUGGCUCUUUGUUGACCACCCAAACCUCUGUGCCGCGAAUUGGUGCGAGUGCCUCGGUCAGAUGCAGAAGAUGUUCCGGCAAGCUUGAUCCAGCCGAGAAGACCGACAGUGCCGAUGUCUGGGAGGACGGUCAGGGUAACAAGUUUGUCGGUGGAAGUAACUGCACCACCGUCGCCAUUCCGUUCGUCUUGAAGUACUUGGACUCCGAGUUGGCCGCCAUGGGGAUUCGCAUGCGCUACAACGUCGAGCCGAUGUAAGUUGUGACAUUGUAUAUCUUG